AUAGCACAAGCAUGUUCACCUGCUGUUGAUCGCGCAUUCUUCACUGCUCUCCUGACUGGUGCCAUUUGGCAGGGAGCAUGUGAAUCCGGCUGGACCGCGUCAUUCUUCAGUCAAACACAUCCCCAUCCCGCUACGGUUCUCGGCCCUGGAAGUGCAGGCCAGGCACAGGCACAAAUAACGAUGGCGGCCACGUUCACAUGCCAGCGCCCCGAUCUUCCUGGUGGCUCUUCCAACCAUCGUCCUCUUUCUCCUACGAUCUCUUCCCCACCGCUCAGCCCAGCGCCAGAGCAUACAUCUACACCUACAUCCUAUUUGAUGACAAAAGUCCCUUCUCUCUCCAUCGUCUCACCCGGUGUGAACGACCCUGAUACAAAAGAAGUAUACGCCACUACCCUCGAAGUCACCGAUAUCACCGUGGGGGCAGGCAGUCCGCCCAUCGUAUCAAUCCCAGUAGUUGAUGAGGAGCUCUCCGACGGUAUGGAGACCACCACCACGACUACUCCAUCACCUUCCACAAAAACAAAUAGUCGACGAACCUCCAAACGCAAAAGAACAACCUCCCCUCCAUCACCAACAACAACCAAAUCUCCCUCACAGCUUCACUCCUCGCGACGCUCCAGCCCUCACAGCCAACACAGCAGCUCUCUCCACUCACACCGCCGCUCCGCAACCACAGCUUCUAUAACACCGAUAUCCGAUCGAACAGCCCGGCGUGAAGACCUGAUAGCUCUGCAUCGUGAAUCAUGCCGUCUAUUCCAAGACGACGGCCUCUCUACAUCUAAACCUAGCCCACGAGCAUCAGCAUCAACAUCAGCAUCUCGACCCCCAUCUUCCAGCACAUCACGCACUCCUCCACGACCUCUGCGCUCUGCAUCCAACGCCAGUUCCCCACCCACACUGCGAACACCACUCUCCAUCUCAACCUACCAAGACCAAAGCAACCAAAACGACUCCCCACGGGCUCCAAUCCGCGCAGCUACUUUCUCAGCCUACGAGCCAGCAUGCACGUCACCCGUGCAACCCACAGUCACAGUAAUCGACUGGACAUCGCCCUCCACACGGAGGCGCGAAUACGAAAAGAUCGACCGCGCCAGCAGUGGAGUACGUGGUUUCUGGCGCCGAGUAGCGCCGCGAUGGUGUCAAUUCGGCGACCACCGCACGCCGUUCUUCGAAGAGGGCAAGGACGGGAAGGGUAACUACGAGGGGAGUGUACGGCGGUUCCGCAUGGAUUUGCCAGAAGAGUGCGAGAGUAAGCGGGGAGGGACCCUUCCGAAGGGUUUCAAAUUAAGCCGGAAGACGGUGAUUCAUCGAAUGGGAGGGAGAGUGAAGACAGCUUAACCAUUUCCUGGAGUAUAGCAUUAGUUGUUGUUAUCAGUCCCAGCGUGCUUUAUUUCUGGCGGAUGAUUGAUUGCAUUUGAUACCCAGCUAGAUGCAUUCUUUAUAAUGAUAUACGAAUCAUACAGACACCAGUAUGCAUAUG